CUUGCAUAUUAUUAUAUUCAUUAUACCAGUCGUGUAGGUGCAAUCAUUGUGAUUCAAAGUGUUUUUCCUAAUUCUGUAAUUAUUAGUUUAAGUGUUAGUACAUACUACCAAACCAUCUUACUCCUGUGCAUUCCGUAUAAAGUGCAGUGAAAAGAUGAAUUGGUGGAUCCUGGGUUGGUUGUCUAUUGCAUUGUUGGUGGGUACGGCUUGGAGUCAACAGGAAGAAGACAGAGUACUUCAAAAAUUAUCCAAGUCCUCAAACAAAGAGAAUGUUGUGGAACAAACAUAUUCGCCUCUUCAUUUUACUGACGGGGAAAUAAAAACAAUACAAAAGCAGUUCGCCAAACGAGUGGGUCUACAUCACUAUAAAGAAAUAGAUCCAGUGAAAUUCAGAAGCCUUUUAUCAGAUCUCUUCCCUACUCAAACAAGAUCAUUACCAAACUUUAAGAAAGAUAAAACUUCCUGUAAAUUGUGUAAGCUACUAAUUUUAAAAAUUCAAUUGUUUGGAUUUACUAAAAAAGUAGCUGAAUUCAUAUGUAGCAUGUACUUUCUAGAAGCUUCAUUGAGUUCUGAUGGAUUCUGUAAGCAAAUUUUAGAUAUUAAUAUGCCUAUCCUGGAGUACGUAGUUAAAAGUAGUAAAAUCUUGGAUCCAGAUUUCGCCUGUACUAUCCUUCUACAAUCACGAGACUGUUACUACCCUACGCCAGCACUUUCUUGGGUCGCAGAAAUACCUCCAACAACACCUGUGUAUGCAAAUAAUACUAGAGACCCAACUAAGAAACCUUUGAAAAUUCUUCACUUAACUGAUUCACAUAUUUCACUAGAUUAUGAAUAUAACGGAGUUGUCAAAUGUGGCUUCCCGCUAUGUUGUAAGAAGGGACUGGGCAAUAUAGCAAAAGGCCAAAAUGCUGGCUAUUGGGGAGAAUACGAUUGUGACAUUCCUCCUUGGCUUUAUGAAAGUACCCUACAACAUAUAAGUAACACUCAUAAGGACUUGGACUACAUUUACUUUACUGGAGACAUUGUUGAUCAUACAGUCUGGAACACAACAAUUGAGUCAAAUACGGAGGUGAUUAACGUUGCUUUUAGAGCAUUACAAGAAAAUUUUCCCACGACCCCAGUGUUUUCUGUAAUUGGUAACCACGAAUCGCAUCCAUCAAAUGUGUAUACUCCUAAUAAAGAAGACAUAAUAGCAAAAGGUCUAUCCUCUAGCUGGCUGUAUGAUCUAAUGGCCAAGCUGUGGAGUCCAUGGUUACCCGAGAGCGCAUUGAACACAGUUCGACUACAAGGCUACUAUGCUCAUUCGGUUACUGAUAAGUUAAAAAUUAUUGGAUUAAACAAUAAUUUAUGCUUCAGUUUUAACUGGUGGUUAUUAUUAGACACAGAAUAUAUGAAGGAGCAACUACAAUUUCUGAUCCGAGAAUUAGAAGAGUCAGAGAAGAAGAGGCAAUUCGUUCACAUCCUUGCUCAUAUAUCGGUCGGUAAUGAAGAAUGUAUAGAGCCUUGGGAGAAGAGCUACAAUGAAAUUGUUAGAAGAUAUGCUCAUAUUAUAAAAGGACAAUUUGUCGGCCAUACCCAUACUGACGAACUAAAAAUAUUCUACGACAAGGAUAAGAAACCUAUUAAUAUGGCAUUCAAUGGAGCAAGUUUAACACCGUUUGUCCAAUAUAAUCCAAAUUACAAGAUAAUGCACGUUGAUCCAGAUACAUUAGAUAUCCUUGAUAUAGACACGUAUUAUUUCAAUUUGACGGAAGCUAAUCUCUAUCCAGAAAGGACUCCUGCAUGGAAAAAGUUAUAUUCCAUGAAAGAAGCCUACGACCUACCAGAUCUAUCACCAAAAAGUUUUGAUGUAUUUGCCGAGAGAUUGUUUAACGAUACAAAUGUAGCGAAUUUAUAUUUUCAGAAUUAUGUCAGACUUGGUGAUGCAUCUCUGGAAGAAGGUUGUGAUGACGAUUGUCUUCACGAUAUUCGUUGCAAAGUUGUUACUACAUAUUCUCUACACCCAAAGAAUGAGCAGUGUUCUGAUUAAUCCUUUUUUUUAUUGUUAACCUUUAAAAAACAUUUACUCUUUAAAACUAA